CUCAUACCGACAGAACACACUCCAUGAAGUAGAGAUGCUCACCUCCUGCUGUUUAUAUUUCCAUUGAAAUUCCAGAAGACAGCUGCAGGUGGACCGAUGAUCAAACAAUGCCAUCAUCAAUAAGGACGCAGUUGCUGCUGGUUUGUGUUUUAUGUGCGUUCAGCUCUGCGCGCUCGGGGGACACUGGAGAUGCCAGAGCCUGCUCUGGAUCGCACUGUCCGACGGGGAAAUCGUCCAGACCAUCGCGGCAGAACAAUCCGACAACACAGAGCAGAUCGAUAAAUCAACACCAUUCCCUCCCCAGCUCUCAUUUUGAACAUCACGCGGCGAUUCCUUCGCACCGCGGGCGGUCUGGAGACCAGACAAGAGAAAACAUCCAAACGCGCGUCGCUGCUUUUUAUGGUUCUGUGUGCGCAGAUUGCGGCAGCCCUCCAAAACCAGCACCGCAAGUUAUUAACGACACCAGAGAAUGUAAAGGAAUUGAGUGCCGUUUACCUCUAAGGGUACGACCGAAGCCAAGAUCGAGACCGUGCGCGGGAGACGGGUGCGUGCCCGGGACCAGCCAACCUCCUCUCAUCCAUGUGGCAGACAGAGCUGCACAGUUUCUGGGGGAAUUUCCUGAUAUUGGAUAUCCUGCAUCUGAGCUCGGAGCUCCUCUGGGAGUGCAGCUCACUUGUGACAUCAAACCAGGAGAAAAUGAGGUCCCUGCAGAGGAUGCACUUAUCCUACAUCUACAGCUGACAAAGGGUCAAGAGAAGCUAGUAGAGACCUUGAAAGCUCAGCAGGUGGUGAUCCGUGAUCUUCAGCAGAGACUGGUGGAACAGCAGGGGAUGCUACUCUCCCAGCAACGCGAGAUACUUGACCAGCAGCAACGCAUGUACGAUCAGAUGGAUGUCGUUAAGGCUCAGUAUGGUCUGCUUUCUGAAACCGUCAAACAAGUCUCCUUCCAAGGCCUUCAGGGAGAACUCCAGAGUUAUUUUGAAAGCCACCUGGCGGGGCUUCAGAACCAGGCGCGAAGCCACCUGCAUAAAUCCUAUGCUGUGCAUAAAAUGAAUGUAGACACUAAAGUAAUGGAUGUAGUUGGAGAUGCAGAAAGCCCAUUGCUAGGCUGUCCAAAUCCUUGUGGCCCAGAUGAAUACUGCAAUUUCCAGAAGGAUCCACCCCAGUGUGAAAGAUGUACCAUGUGUCCACCUGGAUUCUUCCUAGUGUCGCAGUGCUCCCCCACCGCUGAUAGAAUGUGCCAGGACAGGGAUGAAUGCUUGGAAUUACCAAGCCUAUGUGGAGAGCGAGUGAAAUGUCUCAAUACCCCAGGAGGGUUUCGCUGUCUUGGUGUGUCUGAGAGGGAAAUUUCCGCAGGGCUGUGUGGUCAAGACUACUUCUACAAUCAGGAACUUCAGGAGUGUCAGGCUUGCUCUGAUUGUGAUGGUGAGCCUAUUGCGAUUCCCUGCACUUCCAUCAGUGAUGCUUUUUGUGGAACCGUUUCAGAGAACAUGCUGUCACGGUCUUGGGCUGCUUCUAUUGCCAUACCGCCAACAAAGUCAAAGGUCACGUCCAUCUACCCAGGGUUACAACUUAAUAUCCGUGGCAAAGAAGGAAACAUCCUACUGAACAUUCAUGAUGAUUAUCUCAACUUCCAACAGCAUGGACUUGUCUGGACAGACUACAACUUUGCUUUAAAGCACAGUUGCAGAAACUUUAUCCAGGUCGGGAUGCGAAUUAACGGCAGUGAAGAGGAGAACCAUGAUCUAAGUGGGGUUCGAAUAGAGCAACCUGAAAGGAAGUACUACCAGGGUGUAACUGUAAGUGCUGCUGUUGAGGUGGAGCCCAAUCAUACUUUGGCACUUGUCUUGAAGAGUCCCAACCAACAUUGCAACCAGAGUAAAGAUCUGCAAGUGUAUGAGCUUGGAGGGUCCUCAUUCAGCCUGCUCUGGCUAUCUCAUGACACUGGCGCUGUGGCCAUGACUGCGCAAAUGUCUACAGCAGCUCACUAUCACAAUAACUAUCGCCCAACCUUUCGUAUAGCCACUGUCUCUGACCCCUACAUAGUAGCACUUACCCCGGACAGCCGUGGAGUGCGUUUCAUGGAGAAUGGUGUGGUGAAGUUUGUUCUCCAACAGGCCAUCUAUUCCAUGGGCCAUGCUUGUGUUAGAGAAGGGUUCUCACUGAUUGCCUACAUCAACCAAAAUGGAACCAACCAGGAGGUUAUACGCUCUUUUAAGUCGGGGGUCAAUUACAGGGACACCUCCAUCUCUCUUUCUGGGUCCACGAGGGUGGACAAUGGAGACUGGCUUAAUUUUGAGAUUGUUGCACCAUCUCAGUGUAAUGUCCGCUACUUUGGCGAUAGCUCUGGGAUUAGUAUACUGAGUUUGUUGUGGAUCCCUACUGCUGUCUCGUCUAGCCUUAUGGCCACUGUCUCCAGGACAGGCCUACUUUCAGGGGCAGUAAGAAAUAAACCUCUUUUCUUUAGACAAAUAAGUCCAAACACAGACCAGAUGCGGCUAGCUGGUUCAGGUGAGCCCCAUGCCCAGAGGAACUUUGUGUUUUCUGAGGCUGGGGUGGCCAGUGUGGCCCUCAACCUAAAGCUGAUCCACUCCUGCAGUGUGGUGAAGCUGACACUUUACCGGCAAGAUAAGGGGAUUCAAGCCAUAUCUUUGGCCCAGCAGGUGGGUGGCCAUAUGCCAGAAGGAAGUGAGUGGGCUAGUGUAGGGCUGAGAACUUCCUUUGAUGUUCAAAACGGCACUGUUAUCUAUGUUUCUGUGGACUGUGUUCGUGGGCGGAUCAAUCAAAUUACCACUGAAGGUGACACCAACAUAUCUAUUCUUUGGGUGGCAUCAUAAUCCCAAAUAUGUCUUUACAACAAUCUAGCCUUUAUAAUUAACAGAAACAGAAUGUUUGAAAUGAAUUACUGCUUUUUGAGAUCAAAUUACAGAAUAGCAAAAUAUUCAAUAUGCAAAAAACCUCACUGAACUUGAAAUAGUUGAAAUACACAGGUGCUAUUACAGUAAAACUCUUGUAUUUAGAUUGAAGGGAAUGGGUAUGCAUUGUUUUGUAGCAAUCCAGUUAAAAUAUAAAAUAUAUUUUUCUUGGCUGUAAAAAUGAACUGAUAGUACUUUUCAAGUACUUUAGCUGGUUGAGCAGUGACCAAUUUUUCGCAAAAGAGGAAAUUGUUUUCAUAUUUGUAUGCUUUGAAAACAAUUUAAUUUUACAUGUAUUUACAUUGUGUGUGUGUGUGUGUGUGUGUGUGUGUGUGUGUGUGUGUGUGUGUACGCGGUAAUUAUCACGUUGUGGGGACCAAUUGUCCCCACAAAGAUAGGAAUACCAGUGUUUUUGUGACCUUGUGGGGACAUUUUGAUGUCCCCAUGAGGAAACAAGCUUAUAAAUCAAACAAGAUGAUGUUUAUUGAAAAUCUAAGGUACAAGAAAGGUUUUUGUGAUGGUUGGGGUUAGGGAAUGGGGCAGGUAAGGGGAAUAGAAUAUACAGUUUGUAUGGUAUAAAAUGCAUUACGUCUAUGGAAUGUCCCCACAAAACAUGGAAACCAGAAUGUGUGAGUGAGUGUGUGUGUGUGUGUGUGUGUGUGUGUGUGUGAAUGUUUUUAUUCUUUGUAUUGAGGUGCUGAUCCACUUUGCUAAAGUGUAAAACAUUGUACAGUAAAUCAAAUGUGUAUUGUUUUUAAAUGACUGUGUUUAUCUCUAUAAACCAUCAAUUUAAAUAAUCUAUAUGAAAUACACAGGGGUUAUUCAUUAAAUUACUUCAAUUCUUGCUUUUUAAAAAACUGUUAUUAUAAGAAUAACAAUUUUUAGCAGUUUUUAGAUUAUAAAUAUUUAUAUUUAAUGCAAUUAUAAAUGAAUACUGCUGACUAUAAUAUCAUCUUAUUGUAAUUUAUAAGGAGAUCCAUAGACUACAUACCUGUAAGCCACAACUUUUGUCUAUUCAGUUGUUGUUUAGUAAGUGUAUUACUCUGAAUACUGCUGCCAUAUGAAAAUGUUGCCUUUGCAUACCAUGUUUAAUUGUUUCUGUAUGUGUCUGAACUGCAAACUGAACAAACCUUUGGCAACAGUAAUGUCAUUCAGCAUAUGCCAUAUAUUCAUGUUUUUUGAUACAACGAUUGGUAAUUCAUUUACCCAAGUACUGUAGAAAUUAUGUAAUGCUUUCUAAAACAUAAAUAAAGAUCAAUUUCUAUUUUG